AUGUUACGUUUAAUCUUUAUUUAUUUCUUAUUAAAUCAAAUUCAUCUAUCUCUAUGUCAAAGUCGUCAACGACAUAAUUAUCAAAUUGAAUGGAAUUCUUCAAAUACAUUUUUUCAAUCGAAAUUAUCUGUUCUUAAUGUACGUCUUGGUGAUACAGUCGAUUUUAUAUGUCCACAUUAUAAUCGUUCAUCAUCUAUGGAAUAUAAUACAUUAUAUUUAGUAUCAGAAAUUGAUUAUAAUCUAUGUUUUACUGAAAAUUAUCAACCACUUUUUCGUUGUGAUCAACCAUAUAGUUCGAAACCAUUAAUAUAUACAUUAUCAAUUUCAAAAUAUCUGCCAUAUCCGAAUUUACCGGAAUUUUUUGAUGGUCAUUCUUAUUAUUUUAUUUCAACAUCGAAUGGACAACAGACAGGUAUUAAUCAAAAAUUCGAUGGAUUAUGUCGUACAAAAAAUUUUCGACUUAUUGUUGAUGUACAAAAAUAUUAUCGACGUUAUUCAAAAAUUGACAAUAGUCAAUAUCGUAAUAAAAUACAAAAACAAUUAUCAAAUCCAACAAAUAAAAAAUUGAUUUCUUCAAAUAAUACAAGACUGUCAUCUUCAAUGAUUUUCUUGUUAUUAUCUAGUCUAUUUUUAUAUUUGUGUUCUUGA